UCCUCAAGGAUUCUUUCAUGGACCGGCUGGGACUAGUUCGCUCAUAACAAAAAAAAUAUCUCGAUUCGACAAUCCGACUAUUCUAUUUCUUCAACGAUUGCUUUUGUUUGGGGAUAAAAUAAUUGCCACGUUUCGUGAGGGAGAGCGAAAAUCCAAGUUUAAACAAUUUAAUAAUAUUAUUUUAUUCAGAAGGGGAAGAAAGAAAAAGAUUUGCAAAUUGUUGAAUCGAUCAAUCAGUCAGAAGUUGAAACCGCCCCUUGCUUCUGUUUGGCCUGUGCGGGUGUUAGUUUUUCCUCCUCGGCGAGUUUUGGUGGCUAAGUAACUGGCUGAUGGCGGCCUCAAAGCUCGUGAUUUUCUCCCUCUUUGUAGCCCUAAUUUUCGCCCAAGUUAGAGCGGAUGCCUCGAUCGAACCCGUGCCUGAAUCGGCCGGCGCCGAUUCCUCUGCUCGUAAGAUUGAGUUGGAUCAACUCAAGGCUAAGAUCCGUCUUCUUGAAUCAAAUGAUGAGGAAAAAACUCGAGAAUUGAAGACCAAGGAUGAGUUGAUAAAGCAGAAAGAGAAAAUCAUUCAAGAGAAAUCCGACAGCAUUGCAUCCUUGAACACUGAAAUAUCAUCUCUUCAGAAAAAGGGGACUUCAGAUGCCAAGGAGCAAGUUGGGAAAGCUCACGCGCGGGCUCUUGAAUUGCAGAAACAGGUUGAUACACUUAAAAGUGAAUUAGAAGCAAAAUUAAAGGACAAAGAUUCCUUGGAAGCCCGUGCAACUGAUGCUGAGAACAAGUUGACUGAGUUGAAUCUAAAGCUAGAGAAUCUUCAAAAGAUCAAUAACAAGCAGAAGAGCAAAAUAGCAAAAACUGAGAGAGCUCUUAAAGUUGCUGAGGAAGAAUUGAUGAAGGCAAAGUUUGAGGCCACUUCAAAAACAAACGAGUUGAUGGAGGUUCAUGGUGCGUGGCUCCCACCUUGGCUUGCUGUGAAGUUAAUCCAUUGUCAGGCCUUUGUUCAGACACAUUGGAAUGAGCGCGGAAAACCGGCCAUGGAUAUGGUGAUCCAGAAGGCUCUGGAGAAAAAGGCCUUAGCUGAAAAGUGGGCUGAACCCCGCAUGGAAACAAUUAAAACUAAAUGGGUUCCAGCUGUAAAGGAUCAGUGGUUGGUUGUAACUACAUAUGCUGAACCACAUGUGCAAUUGCUAACUGCAAAAACAGUUGAGGUUUAUGAGGUAUCAAAGAGUGCUAUAACUCCUCAUAUUAUCAAAGUUCAAGAAAUAGUUGAUCCUUACUUCCAGGAAGCUAAGAAGUUCAGUAAGCCAUACAUUGAUCAGGUGGCUACUUUAGCAAAGCCUCAUGUUGAUAAAGUUCGUGUGGUGAUGAAGCCCUAUACGAAGGAAGUAGUUAAUGCUUAUGGGAAGUUUUUGGAAUUGGCAACAACAUACCAUCAUCAGGUUCAAGCCUCUGUCCGGGAAAUGCUCAAGAAGCAUGAGCUGACAAGACCUCUUGCAACCAAAGAGCUUGAGUGGUUUGCAGCAUCAGCUUUAUUGGCCCUACCUAUUAUCAUUUUGUUUAGAAUAUGUUCAGCAAUUUUCUGCAAAAAGGCAAAGAAACCUGUUCGACAUGCUAAUACCAACCAGGGUCGUCGUAAGGCCAAAAGGGGGCACCCAGACAAGCAGACUGCAUGAGUUUACUUUCUAGUCUCUUUAUUUUGGGAAAUCUAGAGACUGGACGUGUGUUCGUUGGGGUUAGAAGUUUCAUCUUGGAUAGGUAGCUUUGAUUUUGCAUUUGAAGCUAUCGAAUCUUUUCUUAACCCCCCGACUUCCCUCUUUUUCUUUUUGAGGAAAAAUUGAAAAAAAGCUCAGAACCCUUUCCCGCUACACAGUUGAAUCUUGAGAUAUCUCAAAUCUAGGAGUUUGUGUAUCAUGGCCGAUGUUGGUUAUUUCUGUUAGUGUAAUUUUAUUUUUUAUUCUUCUAGAUUCACAAUGGAGAGAAGUUUUACGUUUUAGAAACCAUACUUUUAGUUGCAACACCAAUGGGACGUGUUACCGUUGUGUCCAUACACGUUUAGUCAAAAGGUUAAUGUUAAACAAGUUAUUUUA